ACUAUUCUUAAAUUCUUUUCCUCAGCCAAAGACGUUGACACGCCUAUAGAGACAUUCUUCAUACAACGCCAUGCUGAGCAAGACAAAGAAGAAAAGCUGAGACGAGAAAAAUGGACCGAUUUUGCAGAAAAUAGUACUCUCCAUGGUUUCCAUUUCAUUUUUACCCGAGCUUCGCCGUGGGUGCGUUUGGUAUGGAUUUUUUUCUUACUAGGUUUCACCGCCUAUGUAAUUUUCUCCAUAUACAGCAGCAUCUACAAAUAUUUUACCUACCCCACUGCUACCGUCAUGAAUAUUUAUCAUCCGCAAGAGGGUCUGCAGUUUCCUGCAGUUACUUUGUGUCCCAUGACAACGUUAUCAAAGAGAAGGAUUUCUAUGAAGGACGAGGAACCAUCGUUUAAUAAGCUAGGACUAAACAUAGCUGCCUGCAAUACAACAGCGGCUGUCAGGGCAGGGAGACCAUGCGGGGAAGCACUUUUGUGUUGUUGCACAGAUUAUACUGACAGUGAGAUUUCUGUGGUUCUCCCUAACUGCACCGAGGACUACAGGAAAGAUCUUCUCGAGGUCAUAAAGAAGAAAAAGGAUUCAUUUAACGACAGGCAAUUUCACGAAGCUUAUGGUUCUGAUAUACGCAGAAUGAUCGUACCGGGAACUUGCCACUACGGAUUGUCUGAUGAGGGAUGCUCCCACAAAGAUUUCGAUCCCAUUGUGACAGACCUCGGGGUUUGCUACUCAUUCAACGCGGCGCGGCACGGCGAGCAAAUACUGAAAGCGUUUCAGGGCGACACGUUGUCCGGUCUGUCGCUGAUACUAGAUCUAAAUUUGCAUGACCACAUGGUCGGCUUUUCCUCUGAGGGGAUCUGGAUCAUUGUACACCAUCAGGGGGUAUACAUCAACCCUUGGAAUCGUAUUCUUGUAGCUCCAGGGACGCGUACGGAAAUCAGCGUUAAGCGUAAGGUGUAUCGAAACAAGAAACCACCAUAUGAAACAAAGUGUAGUGAAACUAUACACCUGGCUGGAUAUCAAAUGUACACUUCUGAAGGAUGUUACACAGAGUGCCUGUCGAAUGCGACACUGAGAAAAUGUGGAUGUAGAUCACCAAGUGACUCAGUUAACUUUGGAGAUCGAGUCUGUUUUCGAGAAGAUGUGUCCUGCACUAAUUCAGUGAUUAAUGAUAUGUUUGAAGGCACCAUAAAGUGUGACUGCCGUCUGGCUUGUGAUGCGAUCAAUUAUGAAUCAACAGUGUCAAGUGCAGUGUUUCCCAACCCAACAAUGAUUAAAAUACUACAAAACAAAGGCUACAACAGGACAAAUGAAUACUUAAGAAAGAACUUGGUUUUUCUUCAAGUUGGCUACAACUCUCUCAGUUAUGAGUAUUUUAGGCAAACAUCACAGUAUGAUAGCGGAGCACUGAUGGGUGAAAUUGGUGGUAACCUGGGCCUGUUUCUUGGCUGCAGUAUUCUUACCAUCUUUGAAUUUGUCGACUUCGCCAUUUACCUGUGCCGCACCCGUAUCAAGAAAAAGUCCUAAAUAUCCAAGUUAUAGGGGCU